AUGGUUGGUACCCCAGCGCUUCUCAUUAGGUUGGUCAAUGAUCCUAUCGCAGCUGGAUAUGACCUUGAGUUGGUCAAGCAGUUUAACACUGGGGCAGCUCCACUAGCCCAAGAGAUCAUCGACAAACUUGCGAAGCGGUUUCCGCACGUGGCCAUACGACAAGCCAGGGGUAUGACUGAGAACACUAGUGCUCUUACGCUCACGCCGCCAGCACUGUAG